AUGGGCUUUCAGGAUUGGUUUGCGCAAAAGUCGCGCAAGUGGGCGGCACUGCGCCAGAAACCGGCUAUGAGAUUGUUCAUCUGGUCAACAUGGAUCCCUGUGGCAAUAUGUUUUCUGGACCACGCCUACUUUCUCGGCCAUAUCAGCGGCAACAGCAUGACCCCUGCUCUGAACCCCGACUCAAAUCUUGGCAAGCGUGACAUUGUGCUGUUGCAGAAAUUCCUAAUCAAACAGCCCGGUUACCUCAAGGUCGGAGACGUGGUGCUGCUGCGAAACCCCAUGGAUCCGGAUAAGUUUUUGUGCAAGCGGAUUCUUGGAGUGGGAGGCGACGAGAUUGUGACCCGCCACCCGUACCCGCAAAAGACGUGCUUUGUGCCCUUUAACCACGUGUGGGUCGAGGGCGACAACAUCCAUUCGUUCGACUCCAACAACUUCGGUCCAGUGUCACUCGGUCUCAUGCAUGGCAAGUGUCCCAAGGUGCUGUGGCCAUUUAACCGUUUUGGAGCUAUUCCUGACGGAGGACGAGAGGCCCGGAAGGAAAAGUUGGGGUAUGUUGAUGAUGUUGUUGAGGGCUAA